GCCAGCCCACCACCCAGACCCCAACCACCCCACCACCACAGUGGGUCCUCAGACCUAGCCAGCCCACCACCCAGACCCCAACCACCCCACCACCACAGUGGGUCCUCAGACCUAGCCAGCCCACCAUCACCCCACCUCUCUGUCACCAUGACACACAUGGACUACGAAUACACCCUGUUGGGUUCCUCGAUGGAGGACUACAGGAAGAGACCUCCGAAGCCACAGGUGGACGACAGCCCCAUGAGCCUGUUCGCCGUGCUGGAGGUGAAACGCCACCCUCUCCAUCUCCACGGACCCUGUCCCCGGUGCACCCUGGGAUGUGGUACGAGCACCCUGACCUGCUUCAGGAAGGUUAAACUGUACAGCUUCCUGUUCGGCCUCGCCGUCAUGUUCCUCAUCAUGGCUUCCUAUAUCCUCACUGGGGACAAGAAGGGCCUCCUCUUGACCCCGUCCCCGUAUCAUUUCUCUACGGUGCCGAACUCGGGGUCCGGGACUGGGCUCUACCCCUUUAAUGUGUCUUCUGCCAAGGACUACGCUACCGUUAAACUGGUGGUGAAGAACAUAGCGUCCAAGGUGGAGUUCAGUACUACCAGACAGCUGCCAGAACGCGAGGCACUAAUGCACAGUGAGCCACAUAUGUUUUCCGUUAUCCCCCACAAGUUUCUUCCCAACGUCAAGAACCCUUGCUGGUACGAGGAGCACACUGGGAAUAUCAGCAUGGACCCUUACAGGACAAACCUUUACGCCCGCUACUCGCGCCGCUUCAGAACCGUGUUUGAGUACCUGAGGAAGGCUUUCCGGGAACACUUGUACCGCCGCGGGGGGAAAUACUACCGCAUUCGCUGCCUGCCUUACUUCUACAUCAUAGGCCAGCCUAAGUGUGGCACCACCGACCUGUACGACAGGCUGCAGCUCCAUCCGGAGGUCAGGUUCACCACCUUCAAAGAGCCUCACUGGUGGACCAGGAAGAGGUUUGGUAUAAUCCGUCUGAGUGAGGGGUUCCAUGACCGUUACCCAGUGGAAGACUAUUUGGAUCUGUUUGACCUGGCAGCCUAUCAGAUCCAAGACAACCUGAUGGGAAACGCCCACUCAGGAGCCCCAGAGCAACACAACAUCAUCAUAGGAGAGGCCAGUGCGUCCACCAUGUGGGACAACAAUGCCUGGGCGUAUUUCUAUGACAACUCGACUGAGGCGGAGGCGGAGCCACCCUUCCUCAUCCAGGACUUUAUCCACACCCUUCAGCCUGACGCAAGGUUCAUCGUCAUGCUCAGAGACCCUGUAGAGAGGUUGUACUCCGACUAUCUCUACUUUGGGAUCACUAAUAAGUCUGCGGAGGACUUCCAGGACAAGGUGUCCGAGUCUCUCCAGCUGUUUGAAGGGUGCCUGACAGAGUACACCAUGCGCUCCUGUGUGUACAACACUACGCUCAACAACGCCAUGCCAGUCAGGUUGCAGGUGGGCCUGUACAUAGUCUACAUACUAGACUGGUUGACAGUCUACAGUAGAGAACAGAUUCUGGUCCUUCGGCUUGAAGACCACGCCUCCAACAGGAAGUACACAAUGCACCAAGUCUUUGACUUCCUCAACUUGGGUCUGUUGACGGAGCAGAAGGAAGCAGAGAUCACUAAAAGUCCCGCCUCCAACACACGGCGGCCAGCGGAUAAGAACCUAGGACCCAUGCUCCCCGUAACCAAGGAGAUACUGAGGGACUUCUACACUCCGUUCAACAAGAAACUGGCCAAGGUGCUCCGCAACGACUCCUUCAGAUGGGACAACCAUUCAGAACUCAUAUAAAGACUUGUUUUAAUGGGGAACCAAUCAGAACUCAUGACAAUACUUGUUUUAAUGGGGAAGCCAUUCAGUACUCAUAUAAACAACUGUUUUAAUGGCGAAGCCAUUCAGUACUCAUAUAAACACCUGUUUUAAUGGGGAAGCCAUUCAGUACUCAUAUAAACACCUGUUUUAAUGGGGAAGCCAUUCAGUACUCAUAUAAACACCUGUUUUAAUGGCGAAGCCAUUCAGUACUCAUAUAAACACCUGUUUUAAUGGGGAAGCCAUUCAGUACUCAUAUAAACACCUGUUUUAAUGGGGAAGCCAUUCAGUACUCAUAUAAACACCUGUUUUAAUGGGGAAGCCAUUCAGUACUCAUAUAAACAACUGUUUUAAUGGGGAAGCCAUUCAGUACUCAUAUAAACACCUGGUUUAAUGGGGAAACCAUUCAGAACUCAUAUAAACACCUGUUUUAAUGGGGAAACCAUUCAGUACUCAUAUAAACACCUGGUUUAAUGGGGAAGCCAUUCAGUACUCAUAUAAACACCUGGUUUAAUGGGGAAGCCAUUCAGUACUCAUGGACUUGUUUUAAUGGGGAAACCAUUCAGUACUCAUAUAAACACCUGUUUUAAUGGGGAAGCCAUUCAGUACUCAUAUAAACACCUGUACCCACUAAGUUACAGUUAAUGGGGAAGCCAUUCAGUACUCAUAUAAACACCUGUUUUAAUGGGGAAGCCAUUCAGUACUCAUAUAAACACCUGUUUUAAUGGGGAAGCCAUUCAGUACUCAUAUAAACAACUGUUUUAAUGGGGAAGCCAUUCAGUACUCAUAUAAACACCUGUUUUAAUGGGGAAACCAUUCAGUACUCAUAUAAACACCUGGUUUAAUGGGGAAGCCAUUCAGUACUCAUAUAAACACCUGGUUUAAUGGGGAAACCAUUCAGAACUCAUAUAAACACCUGUUUUAAUGGGGAAGCCAUUCAGUACUCAUGGCAGGACUUGUUUUAAUGGGGAAACCAUUCAGUACUCAUAUAAACACCUGGUUUAAUGGGGAAGCCAUUCAGUACUCAUAUAAAGACUUGUUUUAAUGGGGAAGCCAUUCAGUACUCAUAUAAACACCUGUUUUAAUGGGGAAGCCAUUCAGUACUCAUAUAAACACCUGUUUUAAUGGGGAAACCAUUAAGUACUCAUAUAUCCCAGUCAAUGUUCCAUCUACAUUUUUUGGAGCACUGUGCAAAUUUCAGGUCUGCUGAGCGCAAAAUGUAACUUUGUGAAAAUUCUGUGCAACUUCCAGCGUGUGUUCACUGUGAACACUGAGGCUGUACCCACUUAAGUUCCAGUUUUACUGUGAACACUGAGGCUGUACCCACUUAAGUUACAGUUUUACUGUGAACACUGAGGCUGUACCUGCUUUCAGUUACAGUUUUACUGUGAACACUGAGGCUGUACCCACUAAGUUACAGUUUUACUGUGAACACUGAGGCUGUACCCACUAAGUUACAGUUUUACUGUGAACACUGAGGCUGUACCUGCUUUCAGUUACAGUUUUACUGUGAACACUGAGGCUGUACCCACUAAGUUACAGUUUUACUGUGAACACUGAGGCUGUACCUGCUUUCAGUUACAGUUUUACUGUGAACACUGAGGCUGUACCUGCUUUCAGUUAGUUUUAACAGUGGCCCAAGUAGGCUACUGUGGAUAUCAUAAUGUAGGUCUACCUUCAAAAACAAUGGAGAAAAUGCAUCCCAUAAUAUUUUAACAUGGAAAUAGCUGUUCUAUCAUUCAGCCUACAGUAGCAGCCAAUGUGUGGUGUUCAAUGCAGAUCUACAUUCCAUCAGACUAUUGAAGAAAAAGAAAACAUGCAGUAUUUGACCUUUAACCUGUUUAUCCAUUUGUCCUUUAGACAUGGAGGUGACUGAAAAUGUUGUUGUGUUGUUUGAUGCAAGAAACCACUUCACAAAAUAAAAUCCAUUAUUCUUCCCUUACCAUUA